UUGUUACUUUUCCUAAGAGUCACCCAUACUAGAACGCACACGGAAGAUAUGGCUUCACUAUGGAUUUCCUUUUCGUGCUAUAUGUCAAGCGGACCAGCAUUUGAAAGUGCUGCGAAUCGAUGAGAUGCCUUGCCUUCUCCCAGGACUAGACUGUCAUCGAAUUGGAAGUGUAGGAAGCAUUCUUGUGCGGGUUGUUUUGAGCUUCCUUGCUUUCUGGGGAGUGAGUCUAGUUGAGUGAUUCUGCGCCUCUCUUUCUCUUUAGGUGCAGGUCCAGUUGAUGCUGGAUAGUAGUGGUAUGCAUGUGAACACUCGAGCUUCUAUCGAUACUGGAAGCAGUUCCUCGGGAAACAUUUCAGAGCAGGGGCGGGUGCAGGUCUUCAUAUAGCUACUAGUUUAUCCUUUGGCCAGAUAGAUCUGAUCUAUACUAGUGAGCUUGUGAAGGUCUCCGGCGCGAGGUAGAUGAAUGAAGAUGAGGAAGAUGAAUCCCAGCACUCGUUCCAACAGAGCUAUUAGUUUUGGGCAGGCGAAGAAGCAGGUAUUGGAGUAGAGAAAGUGCCGGAACUAUGCCUUGUUCGCAUCCUUCUAAUCUAGGCCAGGUUUCCAAAUAUGGUAGUCUCAGCCAAGUGACCAAUUCGUACAGUCCAUUCCUUCGGGCAGGCCAGAUUCGGAUCCAUUGAGGCCAGGGUCCGGUUCCGCUGUUGAGCUUGCGGGGAAAGAAUUAUUAAAAAGAAAAGCGAUCUAUCUCUAUCGCAUCCGAGGAAGGCCUUUUAGGAAACUCAAGAAGCCAAGCCAGCCCCAGAAGGAACAGAAGCAAUUGAGUCUGGCUCAACUUAAAAAAAAAAAAGAAGUGUGCUUCAAUCGUAUCGAGUUGGGUAGGUUCCUUUCCUGGUUUUGUCCUUCAUUCGCUAGGCGUAUUCCUCAUCCCGUUUGUUUAAAUUCUUCAUUCGAAGAUGGAUCGGCGUAAACUUUAUCGCCUUCUGAAACAGGCAUGGCCCUUCCUGAAAUAGCUCAAACCCUGGCAGCCCUAGUCCCUACCCAGCAAUAAGAAAGAGUUGUCUGUCUCGAGCCUAGAAUAGAACUCGGCUAAGAUCUUCGGAUUCAUUGGGGACCAGGCCCGGGCGAGACAAGCUACCUUUCCUAUCCGAUCAGAAAUCCUAUCGAUAUCCUCGGCAAAGCAAAUAGUCCAGCAUGGGCAUUACAUUAAGUAGAAGUAGAAUUUGCUAGUUGUAUACGAACCUUCGCCAAUUAAAGCGAGCUAUUCCUACAAUGGUGCUGCUCAAUCCUUUACGGCUGUAGUUCUGAAUCUAGUGAUCGGCUAUGGUUGAAGCUUUAGUGCCUUGUAGAUGUCAAAUAGAGAUCAAGCAAACAUGCUUCCGCGGGGAUCAGAUUUACCAGAUCUGGUAUUAGUCUAACUUACUGAGGUAGUCGAUUGGAGAAGAGGGCCACAUCACACUCUAGACAGAUCCGAAGCGAAAGACCAGUAUCAAUCUCUUCCCCCGAGCCAGCCCUGCGGGUAUCCUUUUCUCCGCCGCUCUUCAGAUAAGAUAGGCUACACUCGAAAAGCGUAGGCCCGGCAGUUGGUACGAAAACAGAACCAUUAGUGGAGUAAGAUCCCGAUCAAAGCAGAGCGGUCUCAUCGAAAGAAGCAUAUCCAAGAGAAGAGACAGGCAGGCGCUUAGGCCAGUCCAAAAGCAGAAAGAGAGAAGUUGGGGUCUUCGUCUACUGAUCUUGUGGUUGAUAGCCAUCGAGGUAGUUCUGCGAAUCUUUCUAUGGAGGUUGGCUAUUCAAUAAAACGAAGUCAGCGGUUUUGACUCCCGGCAGGCUGAGCCCUAGUUCUGUCUAGAGAAGCUCGCCACUAGUGGAAGUGCUUCUUCGUAGGUUUGCCUUUGGUAAGUCUGCCGGUUUUGGCCUUGGAAUGGAAUCCACCAGAUAGACUAGACCAUAAGUCAAAGCAGCUCCCUCUUUGACCCAAGGGAAUAAGCCUUCACUGUCAACCAAAAGCGGCGAACUAGUACCAAUAGAAAGAAAGGGAUAUGCACAUAAGCUAUGAAUACGCGCACGUAACCCUCUUUCCCUUCCGGCGGACGCUCUAGAAGCCUACUAGAGGAAGCUUUAUCCGCCGUUCCUUCUAGAACCCCUAACUCCAGUUGGCAUGCAAUAGUUUCACCAUUCGCGGUAGUUCCGCCCCUGACUAUUUCUAUGGAAACCCACUCAAUCUUUUACACCGAUGUUUCACUUUCGAUUCUAGAAAAAGGCGCACAUCUACUUCUGCUACCGCAGCUAGCAAUCGUGCCAAUACGGACUUGUUCCCUUGCAAUACUAGACUUAGCUUCUUGACUUGACCUUGCUUUCUCCAAUCAUUCAUUCUGGACUUUGGGUCUAUCUGCCUCGGGUAAAGCGUAUAUAAUCUCAUAUCACGAAUCUCACAUCACGAGCGCUAGAAGAAAUACGAAUCUAUUGGGGAACACUUCAUUACGAAUCUAUUGUUACGGAGUCACUU